AAAGUAAUCGAACAUCAACCUGUUUUAUAACCGGCCCAGAGACGUCGACGACAUCCUUCCUUAUCAGUUCCAGCAUUAAGAUGACUUUUCUAAUAACCAAUUUGGUUCGUAGCUCUUCCCGUCCAGCAUUUGGACAAGUUGCACGAUUAUGCAAAGCAAACUAUUCGGUUGCUGCUACUGGACAAGAAGUUCUGGUGGAAAGAUUAAGUGGUGAACAGAAGGGUAUUACAGUGUUGGGCUUGAAUCGCCCCGAGGCCAAAAAUGCUUUCAGCCGUGGAUUGGUGCAAACCUUCUCCAAUAUCCUCAAUGAAAUUAAACGUGAUAAUGGUUCACGAGUUGUGGUCUUGAGAAGUCUGACACCUGGUAUCUUUUGUGCCGGCGCCGAUUUGAAGGAACGCAAAGGAAUGUCGGAAGAGGAGGUUAAAGAAUUUGUGACUGGUCUCAGACAGCUCUUGAUAGCCAUUGAACAAUUGCCAAUGCCGGUUAUUGCAGCUUUGGAUGGUGCAGCCUUGGGUGGAGGCUUGGAAAUGGCUUUGGCUUGUGAUAUCCGUACGGCGGCAAAUAAUACCAAAAUGGGUUUGGUUGAAACCAAAUUGGCCAUUAUCCCAGGUGCUGGAGGUACUCAACGUUUGCCACGUAUCUUGUCGCCAUCCCUGGCUAAAGAGUUGAUAUUUACGGCACGAGUUUUUAAUGGCGAGGAAGCCAAAGAAAUGGGAAUUGUUAAUCAUGUUGUGCCACAAAAUGAAACCAAGGAUGCUGCAUACCGUAAGGCCUUGACGUUGGCUGAAGAAAUCUUGCCAAAUGGUCCAGUUGGUGUGCGCAUGGCUAAAUUGGCCAUUGACAAAGGUAUGCAGGUGGAUUUAAGUACUGGCUACUCCAUUGAAGAGGUAUGCUACGCUCAAGUUAUUCCAACCAAAGAUCGCAUGGAGGGCCUUAAGGCAUUUGCCGAGAAACGUAAACCAGUCUAUAAGGGAGAAUAGAAUUCUGAUUUAAAUUCUUUUUACAAUUUCUGGAACAAAGUUAAAGUGCAUUUAUUAAUUUGUUAAAUAAUAUUUAGUUGGAAGGAAUAAAAUUCGUUCCGAAAAAAAUCAACAAUAAAAUAUAUUUUUAUUAUUAUUGGUAUAUUUAAA